AUGCUGAGCCGCUUGAACACGCAGUCCUUCACCGCGGAAGUGGCCUCUGAGGGCUACGCUCCUUUGCGCUUGCGCCGCUCCUCUUCCGGCUCGGCGAUUGACACCAUCAUGAAUUCCGGCAAGCCCAGCCUCGGGCCCCUCAACACCUUCACAACCUCCAGCAACGGCAGCGGCGGCAAGCUGAGCUGGGGCACGCAGCCCAACAGCAGCCUCGGCGCCAUGAGCAGCUCUGGUGUCCUCUCCGACAUGUAUAGCUCAGAAGCCCGCUCCCUCAGCCCUGGCCGCUUGCACCCAGCUCUCCAGCGCCGCAGUCGUGCGUCCUCGGUCGGCACCAACCACAGCGCUGCUAGCAGUGUUCAACCUCCCAGCUCUCCCGUCAAACUUCAAUCGGAGGCUCUCGGCCUGCCCUGGCCCCAGCCCAACCAUGCACUCCCGCGACCCGUUUCUCCGCUCAUCCACAACCGUGCCCUUUCAUCGACGUCCGCCUCCCCUAUCCCACCCCAGCACGCCAUGAGCGUCCAGCACGCCUCGUCAUCAAGCUCCCUCCAUUCUUUCCCCGGCAGCGAAACCUCGUGCGACGAGCGCUACGUUGACCAUGUCUCCCAGCAGCUCUCUUUCUAUCGCCCCACUCUCAGCGAACCUGCCUUGCGGGCCAGUCUCGCGAGCGAGCCCAAAAAGUCCUUUCUCAUCGGUCAUCGCCAUGACGCCGAGGAGGCCAUUAGCACCACCUGCUUCUCCCUCAUCUUCAAAGACGAUCAGGAGAACCUCGUCACUCAGACCAUCGAGUGUGAAGAUAACCAGUUCCUUUAUUUGGGUGGUCGACGCUUUGACUCUUUCUACAACCUGGUCUCCUAUUACGCCUCACCGCGGCAAGAAGCCCCAAGCGUCAUUGCGCUUGCCCCAGAGGACCGUCUUCUCAUGCCUCACAUCGGCCAGACUUGGUUCAAGGUCGACAUGAACUCCCGCCAAGCUGAGCUCCACCUGGCCAAACCCGCACUGCCGGAUGGUGCCUUUGUAAUCCGUGCCGCCACGCGCAGUGCGGGCGUUUUCUUGCUCUCGAUUCGCGCUGAGCGUAUCGUGUCCCAUUCGGGCAGCACUUCUUCGACUACGGGCCGUGAUGACGCCAAACUUAUCCUCAAGCUCACUGAGAGCAAGUCUCCCAUUGUACAUCACCGCCUCAUCUUCUUUGAGCCCUGUGGCUUUCGCCUGCAAAACACCGAGCGCCACUUCUCUACUUUGCAAGCCCUGGUGGACCUCUACUCAGUGGACCCGGAUCGUAUCUUGCCCUAUUCGCUGGUCCCCAACUGGACCACCAUCCGCCGUGUUUCCUCCAGCUCUUCGCUCAAGCUCGAUGGCGCGCAGGCCGAUUCGUUAAUGCGUUUCUCCCUGGUCAACAGUCUACCCGUGGCCGCGCGAACUCAGGCUGAGGCCAGUGACUCAGAGGCCGAAAUCGGAACUGAGCUCAACCCUCGUCCCCGCAGUCUCACGCGUGGCCGAAGCAGCCCCCGGAUAGCACGUCGUCGCGCCCGCACCGUGGGUGUAGAGGCCCAACCUCAGCUGACCGACCUGCGGCCCACCUUCCUACCUGAUUGGAACCAACUCGGGGUCUCGACAACACAGGCUUUGAGCAAGCUACAAGCCCUCGACGGCAGCUUCGUCGUGCGCCGUUCGCCCUUUGCAUGCGCUAGCAUGACGGUCGUUCACAAAAACUCAAAGUACAACUUUCUCAUCUAUCAUGACAGCAAAGGUUUUCGCUUUGCACACCAGCCCUCGGAACCCACGCUCGAUGCACUCAUCGCCAAACACCGCCAAGCACACAUCCGCCCUCUGCCGUGCCAGCUGUGUUGAACAUACGAUGCGCGUCAUUUGGUGGUUUCCAUUGCGUGUUUC